AUGGCUGAUGAUCUUGAUUAUUGUACCAAAUGUCGUCAACAAAUUUCUGGAGAUCCCCCAGGUGUAACCGCUUUAGGCCAGCCUUAUCACGUUACCUGUUUUUGUUGUGAUCAAUGUCAAAAACAAUUGGCUGGUUGCUCUUUCUAUGCUGUUGAUGGAAAAAAUUUGUGUCAAGUUGAUUAUAUGAAUUCUCUUGAGAAAUGUGGCAAAUGUAAAAUGCCUAUUACACAGUGAGGGAUUUUUAAUUUGAGUUUCUGAUUUUUCUUCUGAAUUUGUUUUUGUGUUAUAUUUUCUGGUUUGAAUUUUUCUGGGUUGAAUUUUGUGUUUUUUCUCUUUGGUGCAUUAUCGUUAAGUUCCUGACCCCCUUUUCCGAUCCUUUUCCGAUCCAUAAUUUUUUUUAAAUUC